UAUUUGCCUGAGAGGAAGCUGAACAGAGUUUCAUUGUAUAAUGACAAUAAAGAUCAUUCAAUGAUAGGGGAAAAUAAAUGAUGCUAUUGACCCCAUACCCCAGGAUUCUGUUUGCCCACAGUACUGAACUGCCCUUGGCUCCCAGACCCCGCCGGCUGCUGACAACAGGCGGGCGCCCGGGCCACGCCCCCUUCACACUGAACGACAUUGUCGCGAAGGAGAAAGCGCUCUGUCUGCGGAGCGGGACGACGCUGUCGUGAAACUGAGGAAGCGUGAGUUUGCGGCGGAGGUCAAUGUCGGCGCGGGCAGCAGGCGAGGCCGAGGCUUGCGGCCUGUGCGGGGCCCCCGGAGCACGGUACACUUGCCCCCGCUGUAAUCGGCCUUAUUGCUCGUUACCCUGCUACCGGAGUCCGGAGCACCAGGCCUGCGCUGAACUUUUCUACCGUGACGCGGUGCUAGCAGAGCUGCGGGGAGCGCGGGCGGACAGCGCCGAGCGGCAGAGGCUCCUUGACGGCUUAAGAUGGCUGCGGGAGACCGAGGACAUGGAUCCGGACCUGGACCCUUCCGCCUCCACCUCCCGCCUUUGGGCUGCCCUCAGCGACCGUCAGAAGAGCGAUUUCGAGCGCCGACUGGAGAGCGGCGAAGCCGCGACCUGGCUACGGGAGUGGAGGCCGUGGUGGGAGCGCAGGGUGGUGGAAGAAGUUGAGACUAGCGGGAAAGUCCAGGAUGAGCACCCUGUGGUCAGCGGUGCAGAGGACGGAGGGACAGAAUUGGACCUGGAACCUGAGUGGGAGACAGAAGAGGCCAUUCCUCCUGUCUGCACCAAUAUCACUCCCCUGGAGACUCUGAGUGCCAGGCCAUCCCCCCUCGUCUCAUACAGUGUGGUCAACGUUCUCUACGCCUACGCGUUUUCCAUGAGACUUGUCAACGGGGACGUGGUGGGAGAGAUGCGGCAGGAGUUUGUGGAGACAGUGAUGGCCAUUUCAGAGACUCUGAGUGCCAACAAAGUGUACACGUCCACCGCCAACGCUCUGCAGGCCGGUGCCGAGGCCGUUCGCAACUGCCCCUCUGCUUCCAAUCCCUUCCAGGCUGUGAGGGCGAUGGAGGACGCAUCAGCCCUCCUCGCUGGGGGCAGUGGACUCUACACCCUGGCUGCCCUCUCCCACCUCGGCCGCCUUCUAGGCAAAGACCAACGAUGCCGGCAAAGGGAGAGGAAGCCCGGCAAAGACUAUUGCUACAGAGCUCAGAAGAAAUGCAUGUUCCUCCUGUCCUGGGUGAAUGAGAAGCGGCUCACUUUGGCUGCCCUGUCCUUGGAAGCACAGCAAGAGUUCACAGCCUCCCUCAGUCUCCUGCUCCAUGUGGAGGAAGGAAAGUCACAGCUGGAGAAGGCCUGGGGGGCAAAACGUCCACCGGAGAAAAAACUGUUAAUUGAGGAACUGGAUUCCUGAUCCGUGCGUCAUCUUGAGGGUUUAUUCUCAAUGAUGGUGCAGAGGUUUAGAAUGGUCCACACGAGUGUUCCUUCAUAAAACAAUUCACUUUUACUGUGAGAGUCAGAUAAAAACUCUUAAAACAAAAGCACCAGAUUUUCCUUCCCAGCUUUAACUGCAAAAGCUUAUUCACACAAAAGUCCUGAGUGAAGAAAUUCAAAUUAAAAUAUAAUACUGUCCAUAAAACAGUCAAUUCCCUAGGGGGUCCACUGCUCCCAGAAAUCCCCCAUUGUGACCGCAUGUUCCUUCUCCAAGGACUGCCAGGCCCUAACGCAUCCCUAGAAGAGGGGCAGGCAGUGGGCUCUGGCAGAGUCCUCGACUAUCCACCAUCUGGACCUGAGCAGCAGCUCUCUCAAAUACUCAAACAGGACCGUAACCUCUCACACUCCAUAUAACUGUGGUACACUGAUCCUUCCCAGCUGCAGCAUAGACAGCUGGACGGGCUGUCAGUGAACCUGCUCAAAAACCUGUUGUAUGGACCCUUCCACCCCGGGUCCCCUGCGUAAAGAGAUUUCCACUGCCAGGUGGUAAAACAGACCGCCAGAGUGAGGCUGCUCAGCAGGUGAAUACAAAGAAGGGAAAGGUGUGCAGGAGCAGACUUGGCGGUCACAGAAAGGCAAGGUGGGCAUUGCUGCAAGUUGGCUCAUGCUUGGAAGUAGGUACAGAGGAGAUGUUAGGGUAAGAUUGUUUACACAGAGGGUGAUGAGUGCUUGCAAUGGGCUGCUGGUGAUGGUGGUGGAGGCAGAUACGAUAGGGUCUUUUAAGAGGCUCCUGGAUAUGUACAUGGAGCUUAGAAAAAUAGAGGUUAAAGGGUAACCCUCGGUAAUUUUGAAGGUAAAGAUAUGUUCAGCACAGCAUUGUGGGCUGAAGGGCCUGUAUUGUGCUGUAGGUUUUCUAUGUUACAUGGGACCCACUCCUCCUCUCCCCUUUUGGAGGAUCGUAUGCAUUGACUGAAUGACCCCUUGCAGAUCCGACCGAGACGGUGACAGAGGGAGACCCCACCCCCACCCAGAUCAGCUCCAGCGGGAGACUCACACCCCCACCCAGAUCGGUGAUGGAGGGAGACCUCCCCACCCCCACCCAGAUUGGUGACGUGAGACCCCCCCCACCCAGAUCAGUGACGGAGGGAGACCCCCCACCCCCACCCAGAUUGGUGAUGGGAGACCCCCCCCACCCCCACCCAGAUUGGUCAUGGGAGACCUCCCACCCCCACCCAGACCAGUGACGUAGACCCCCCCACCCAGAUUGGUGACAGAGGGUGACCCCCACCCAGAUCCGUGACAGAGGGAGACCCCCCACCCCACCCAGUUCAGUGAUGGAGGGAGACCCCCCCACCCCCACCCAGAUCAGUGAUGGAGGGACCCCCCCACCCCCACCCUGAUCAGUGAUGGAGGGAGACCCCCCCCACCCCCACCCUGAUCAGUGAUGGAGGGAGACCCCACCCCUGGAUCCCAGAGCCACGUCCUGAAUCAGGGUAGGGUACCCGCCCAGUACUGGACACUCUCAACAGGCAGCUCACUGAUGUUUGGAUGCCGAUGUAGGGUUGCUCCAGAGCCAGACAUUGCUCGGCACGACAUUUGGCUGUGAUUGAGACAACAGUUUACUAGUGACCCUCCACCCACAGGUGAUCUCUGCUCUUUCGGGCCUGCCCCCUCCCCAGGGAAGGGCACUCUGAAGGCAAGUCUGCCUCACAGGGCCCCUCCGCAAUAGUGCUGCUCUCCAGCCAGAGGGCACGUGUUCAGCAGACGCCACCUGCAGAGGGCCCUUGUACGAUGAGGCUCUCCUCCAGCACCUGGUGCAAAUUUCUGCAAACCAGAAUCCUAUCCCGGCUUUGGGAACUCAGCAAAUCUGCCCGUUCUCUGGUUACAUUAAGUGAAAAUAAAUCAACUAAUUUCACUAAGAACAGUCAUACCUUGUCUGCUGAGUAGGGUGAGACGAGAUUAGAGGUCAUGGGUCAAGGAUGAAAAGUGAAAUGCUCGGCCAGUGGAAGUGGCGGAUGUGGGUUCAAUGGCAACGUUGAAGAGAAGCUUGGAUGGGUGGUCUUGGUGUUGAUCCAUGGCACUGGGUGAAUACCUCUGGACAAGAUGGGUGGUAUUUGGAGAGCAGCAGGCUCCCCUCUCCACACUGCUGAUGAAUCUGAAGGAACGGCAGAGAUGGGUACACUUUGGAGCCAGCAGUGACGCAGGAACUCAAUGUAGGGACUCCAGCUCCGGAAUUUUCCUCAGUGUUUACACUUCCCCAUGAGUGGGUACAGGCACAGGGCAGCGCAGGUUUCAAAUAAAAAAUUUUCCUUCUAGAUGAGCUGCCAACGAUGUCUGACGAGACCCCCCCCCCCCCGCCCAAAAUGACUGGUUUUAAGACUAUGUUGACCAAUAAAGCCAAUUAAAUUACUGAAGUUCUAAGAUCUCAUAUGUGAACUAUGACCAAACGUUUAACAAGUUAUUAAAAGCAUUUUAAUGUGAAAAUGAAUUGUUUUACAAAUAGACAACCCUGGUUUAUUUACACAAGCUAAACGACAGAAUAAAAUGCUCACUGGGCGAUGUGUA